AUAGUUUCUGCAUAAAUUAAUGAUAAAAAUACCGAAAAUACCAACUAUAUAUAGGCUAAUGGUAAGACCCACUUUUGAGACAAUCAUAAAUUGUAUAAUCUUUUUUUUGGUUAUUCAUUUGGUUCAACGAAUAUAUGGGGAAGGAACAGUCACGAGUGGUGGUGAGGGAGUACGAUGAAAACACGGACUUGGAGAAAGCAGAGGCGCUCGAGAAGAGCUGCGCAGUCGGGUCUCUCUCGGUGGAUCUCAUGGGCGACCCACUUGCCCGGAUCCGACAAUCUCCCUCUUUCCAUAUGCUCGUGGCAGAGAUCGGCUACGAACGCAAGGAGAUCGUUGGGAUGAUCAGAGGCUCCAUCAAGACGGUGACAUGUGGCAACAUUGCACCGUUCCACCGUCUUCAAGACGGCGGCGUUUCGCCCGAAAGCACCAAACUCGCCUUCGUCUCCGGCCUCCGAGUCUCCCCGUUUUACCGGAGGGUGGGCAUUGGGCUGAAGUUGGUGCAGAGACUGGAAGAGUGGUUCAGACGAAACGGCGCCGUUUACGCUUACGUGCAAACGGAGAGCGACAACGACGCGUCGGUCAAACUUUUCACCGAUAAAUGCGGCUACUCCAAGUUCCGUACGCCCACUUUCCUGGUCAACCCGGUCUUCAACCACCGAGUCACCAUCUCCCGCCGAGUCACCAUCAUCAGACUCGCUCCCUCCGAAGCCGAGAUCCUCUACCGCAGCCGAUUCUCCUCCACCGAGUUCUUCCCCUCCGACAUCGGCACAAUCCUCAACAACAAACUCUCCCUCGGCACUUUCCUCGCCGUGCCACGCGGCGAGUACUCAACCGGGUCGUGGCCCGAGUCAUGGGCGGUUCUCAGCGUGUGGAACAGCAAGGAAGUGUACAGGCUCCAGGUCCGCGGGACGUCGCGUUUCAAACGCACCCUGGCGAAGACCACGCGUUUGGUCGACGGCGCGUUACCGUUCCUGAAGAUACCGUCGUUCCCGGACGUUUUCCGGCCGUUCUCUAUGCAUUUCCUGUACGGAAUCGGGGGGGAAGGGCCGCGUGCGGCGGAGAUGGUGGAGGCGCUUUGCUCUCACGCCCACAACCUGGCCAGGAAGUGCGGCUGCGCCGUCGUGGCGGCUGAGGUUGCGAGCUGCGAGCCGCUCCGCCUCGGCAUCCCUCACUGGAAAGUUCUCUCGCCGGAGGACUUGUGGUGCCUCAAACGCCUCCGUCACGACCGCGACGGUAGAGAUUGGACCACGUCACCUCCUGGUCUGUCCAUUUUCGUUGACCCCAGAGAAAUAUAAAUACUGUAGAGAUAUCAAAACACAAAGGGAACAAAAAACGGACCGGGUACGAAAUUUCAAUGUGACACCGAUUUUAUACACUUCGUAGUUUCUCGUAUUAAUUCUGUAUCGUAUUAUAUAUACGUAUUUAAAUUAGAUUUUAUCAAACAUGUUAUCGUUAUCGGCAUAA